AUGGUAGACAAUCAGCCACUACCAGCUGCUCAAAAAAUGUGGUACUUGAAAUCACAUGUGACAGGUGAAGCUGAAAAAUUGAUAAGUCAUUUCAGCAUAACCGACGACAAUUAUUCGGCACAUGAACUUCUAAAUCAGCCAUCAGGCACAUCAACUGUGGCAGCAGUUAAAAAUUUACAUGUCACAACGAAAGAGUGUCUAUUAGCACUAAACAAUCUUGGCGUUCAAACGACAUUUUGGGACCCAAUUUUGUUACAGGUACUAAUUAAAAAACUCGAUCGGGCGAUGCUCAUUAGAUAUGAGCAAUCUCUGGCAAAACCAAAAGAGAUACAAAACAUUCAGGAGUUUUUAGCCUUUUUAGAACUACAGUUUCAACUGAUGGAAGUUGUAGAACAAGAAGAUAAGGUGGCUAUAAAAAUUAAAGCAAAUCGAAAUAACUCAGUGUCAUCGGCUGUAACAGUUUCUAAAGGAAACAACAAUUGCAAACUGUGCAAUGUAGACAGGCACCCACUGUAUCAUUGCCGUAAAUUCUUGCAAUUUUCACCAUCUCAACGAUUGGAUUGGGUGAAAAAUCAACAGCUCUGUUUUAACUGUUUCAGAAAUGAUCAUGUGGUGAACAAAUGUUCAUCAAGAAGUUGUACCAAAUGUAAUAAAAAGCAUAACACGUUGUUACAUUUGGAAGUUAACAAUCAAACAAAACAAAACAUUCUACCUAGCUCAAGUGGGUACAACACCGCAGUUACCACAGCGACAGCAAAUACAUCCACAUGUCAUUGUGAUUAUGUUUUCUUGCCAACUGCAAGAGCCAAAAUAACUGCUUCUAAUGGAAAUACAAGUGAAGUCCGAGCAUUACUAGACUCUGGUUCGCAAGUGAACAUAGUCUCUGAGCGUCUUGUCAAAAGGCUCAAUAUAUCAAAAACAAAAUCGUUAUUGAGCAUAGAAGGUAUAGGAAAGGUGCAAAAAAAUUCAACGCAGCGAGUUAACAUCAAAUUGCAACCACUUAACUCAAGGUUUACUACAGAAGUCGAAGCGUUUGUGCUUCCAAAUAUAGUUCCACCUCAACCAAGUUGCAGCUACGAUAUUUCCAAAUGGAAGGUCCCGAACAGCAUUCACUUAGCAGAUCCAACAUUUUUCCAACAAGGGAAAAUUGAUAUUUUACUCGUCUUGCAAAAUUCUACACUUGGCUGGAUUGUCAGUGGCAAGGUUGCAUCAAAUACAGACACAUCAAACGUUUUAUGUGCAGUUUUUGGCGGUGGGGCGGAGGUUGUUGAUAAUAAUUCAUCAUUAGAAGAUGCAAUUGAACGAUUAUGGCGAAUGGAUGAGGUGAAUACAACGUUUUGUGGUAAGAUUGCCGUUUCUGGAAAACUCAUUGACGUUAGGAGAAUCUCAAGAAACAGCUUGGAGAAGGUUCAUCAGUCUUGA